AUGUACGCUGCAUCUUCUUACACCAGCGUCCUUAGUCGGGCUUCAACAAUGCACUCUUCGCUGCUCUGGGUUGGCGGUCUUCUCCUUUUUCUUCUCAUCGUUGCGAUACGACGUCGUUACACUCCUUACCUUAGAGAUGUUCCCGCGAUCAGUGUGCUUGCCACAAUCAGCAGGUGGGAGUAUGUACGGCAGAUUCUAACGGCGCGUAUGGAGCGCAAUUUGCUAGAGGCGCACAGACGGUUGGUUCGCAUCGCUCACAACGAGAUUUCCAUCGCUGACCCAGCAGCAAUACCAAUCAUUUACGACACCGAGCAAAAAUGGGUCAAGACCGAUUGGUACUACAUGUUCGGAUUCCCAGAUCCAAAAAAUGUUAAUACAUUCUCCGUCAUGAAUCCCGUAGAGCACAAGCGCAUGAAGCGUAAUGUAGCCCCUACUUAUUCUAUGUCAGCACUGCUGGAGUUGGAGCCAUCGGUCGACUCAACCCUCACGAUGUUCCUACAGCGCUUGGACGAAGCGGCUGUAUCCCCCACAACCCCCGUCAGCGAGCGAGGGCCACCUACUGAUUUGGCGCAAUGGCUGACAUGGCUCGCGGCCGAUGUCAUCGGCGAGCUAAGCUUCUCGCGGCGCCUUGGCUUUCUGGACACCAUGUCCGAUGUAGGAGACACCGCAAAGACCGUCGACAGCUUCAUUGCGUAUGCGUCCGCCGUGGCCAUAGUACCGGCCAUGCACAAGUUCCUCUUUGGCAACCCCAUCAUACCGUAUCUUAUCAAGGUCCCUUCGUUGAUCAUCGCUGAUGUCACAAAUGAAGAGGUUCAAAAGCGGCGGGACGCAGCACAUGAGGCACGCGCGGACAUCAUGGGCAGGAUCAUGGAGUCCCAGAAGAUUGCCGGGCCAGAGAGGUUUCCACCGUCAGAACUCCUCAAUAUGGCAGCAGUGAACGUGACAGCCGGCAGCGACACUACCGCCAUCGGCAUGCACUCCCUGAUCUACUACCUGCUGAAGCAUCCGCUUGCCAUGGAAAAACUGCAGGUCGAGAUCACAGAGGCAGACAGGUUGGGAAACUUAUCCAAGAUCCCUCGAUAUAGGGAGACGAACCACAAGGCAAUGCCAUACCUCGCAGCCUGCAUCAAGGAGACCUUCCGCAUACACCCGGCCGUGACCAUCUCGCUGCCUCGCCACGUGCCUGCUGGAGGGGCUUACAUUUGCGGUCAGUUCUUCCCCGCGGGAACGAGGGUCGGAGUCUCGCCGUACGUCGUCGGCCGGGACCCGAAGCUGUUUGGAGAAGAUGCCGACAAGUUUCGACCGGAGCGCUGGACCGAAUGCUCUUAUGAGCAACUGAUAGCUAUGGAACAUGGUUGUUUGCAUUUUGGUCAUGGCUCUCGCGUAUGUCUGGGACGUCAUAUUGCCAUGCUGGAGAUAACCAAGGUCAUAGUGGCUGUAUUUCGUGAUUUUCACCUUGAGCUUGCUGCGCCAGACGAAGAGUGGCAGAUCAGUACAUAUAAUGUACCAAAGCCAAAGUCUAUCAACGUUUGGAUACACCGUCGAGAGCAUAAGAAUUUUCAAACAGCCUGA